AUGCCUUCCAUCAAGCUCAUCGCCUGCAUCUUUACGGUGUUCGUUGCUUCAGGGGCCAAUGCCGGCCUCUGCAAUGCUCCCACGAGCUCUCCCACCGAAUCCACACCGAUUGCAUCCCCGACCUGCAUGACAACUGCAACUAUAUGUGGAAAGACCGGCUAUCCCAGAAACAACCUAAUCUCAUAUGAUUCCCGACGCGGCGUUUCUCUCCAAGAAUGCGCCACAGCUUGCUCCCAGAGAUCCGACUGCUUGACAAUCGCUUACGAUCCGACCAACGGAUACUGCACGCGAGUUUUCCAACCCAUCGAAGCGCUUUACUUGCAAGAAACCGACACCAUCUCAACCCAGUGGUAUGAAAGGGACUGUUGGGAGUGCGGCAUUGACUACCCGACGACCCUACCCAUUGCUACAACGACCUCGACAACUGCGCCCGCGGCCGUCGAGUCCUAA